UUGUAGAGCUAGCAUUACCGCUUCGUCUCUUUGUAAAAUUUCGUCGAUGCUUUCGCGAAUGUGCCAUCUUUGAUGUUUUGAUCUCCAUUUAAUUCAAAUCGAACCGUACAUACAUACGUUGUGAUAAGAUAUGGAACAGUUUAAUGAUAUCUUGCGGCCGCAUGUUCGAGCCAGCAAAGUUAAGCUGUCAUAUGUGGACGAAUUAUUUCCGGACUUCAAGGAUAAUUCGUACAUCGUCCUUCAUAAAAAUGUUCCUGGCAUGCGGCACCCCUCGGACCACGGGAAGAACGAAGGAACCUUCGACGAGUACUCGACGAGCCAUGACGUCAGCGGGUCGCCUCUGGAGUAUUCGUUUGACAACUGCGAUUUCGACGACACCGUCGUUAUAAUGAGACAAAAUUGGCGGAAAGAAGAGGAAUCGUAUUUGCCACUGAGCAGAACGGACGCAUGUAACGCCCUGAACGCAUGUCUGGAACAUGUUGACCGUAAUACUUUGCCAAUAUUAGCUCUCUGCGAUGGAAAAGAUCCUAAGCGGAGCAGGCUUAUUGGCGCCGUUGUCUCCCAAGAUUGGUUUACCACGCUGGAAGCUGUUUCUACUGGUACGACAAGCUUGGCCGCAGUAAGAAACGAUUGUCAUAAAAUUAUGCAGGAACAUCUUAAACAAUCGUUUACACAGAACCUUAACAAUAUUAAAAUAUCUGUGUUCAGUGCUGUUGACUUGCUUGGAAUGAAACAAGAAACGAUUGAUUGGGAUAAGACCGCCAAAAGCGAUUUCGAAGGAAGCAUUAACAUUGAAAUGCAUUCAAAUAGCUUGGAUUCGAGGCCAUCGAAAAAUACUUUGAUAGCUCAAAUAAAUGCCGGAUGGAAAGAUAGCCCGUUAAAGGAACUGAGAGACCAGCUAUUUUUAUUAAUCCAAUAUUUAUCAACGAUAGAUGAGUGCAAGAAAAAUAUGGGAGUGCAGAACCCGAUAAAAUUCACAACGCCAUAUUCAGAGGAACACGACAUUGUAACCGAAAAAUUAAAUCUUUUACUGAACGGAGAUUUCAGUUUUCGGAAGUCUGAUAAUGUUAAGGAAAGCAGUCGUAUUGCCAAGGAGAAUACUGAAAUUGACGCGAAACUACAGGAACGUGUACAAAACGUUUUUCUGAGACAUGAUGGAGAUUUUACUGACUUCUUGUGGGAAAUACUUAUAAAGGCUUCAGCAUAUCCGCAAAUGAUUAACUACGUUGAAACAGUUUUGAUGGAAAUUCUCGAGCAUAAGUUUAUACCACAGAUCAACGAUACAAAUUCAACGAGAUUUGUGAAGUGUAUUUCCAAUCUGCAUCAUCAAGAAACGACAUCCCAUUUGUUAGUGGGAAGUGUACCGUUAGAGCUUGUCGUAGAUAUGGGAUUCGAGAAGCUCACUCGUGAUUAUUUAUACAUUCUGAGAGGAGCGCGAUUUGUCGAUCUACAUGAUAUUCGGCAGAGACUAAGCGAUAUAUCUUCUGGAAUAUUCAACACAGAGAGUUAUAGGAAUAAGUUGAUUACGUUAGCGCAAAUUCACAUCUGUUUGGAAUGCAUGCUACUUAUUGAAGGGCAUCUGGAAUUUCCGAUUGAGAGCCUGCAAAGCCUGUUUGCUUACGCUUACAAAGAAUUCGUUUCUGCACAGUCUCCCUUACAGCAUCAUACUGAGCUUUGUAGCCAAAUUUUUACUUUGACGGUACCGCUACCUAACGCGUUGGCUAAUGAAUUGAACAAGAUGAAUCCCUCUGUAUGGAGAGCUUCUGUUUCAUCUCAUACUGCCGGGUCGAUGCUAACGACUACCACUUAUUAUAACAAAAUACCUAUCUUUCCAACAAAUAUAUAUUCUACUGACGAUGUAAAUGUACAAGAGGAAAUAGUUUACGGUAUAAGCGCAAUAUCAUCAUCGGCGAGAUGUAAGUGGCUAUGAAACGCAUCGCUCUUGAACUUCAAGAAACGAAUAAAAACUUGAGAAUUCGUGCAAUUUUGAAUAAACGGGACAUGGUGCGUGAUGUAAUUGAACGUUUAAUAAUUAAUAAAAUAAAAGUUAUAAAAGCAA